CACUGAUGCCAAACGGGGCCUAUCUCUACACACUCUGUAUUUGUUUCCUAUUCCUCAAUCCACAAUUCCACAUACAUCUGCUUCUCCUCCGCAUCAUCUAACCCCCUGCCGCCGCGACUGUCAUUUCCGACCACCACCAUGUCAGAAUCAAGCGGCGUUCAUGUCCUGGUAUUUCCAUACCCAGCCCAAGGUCACAUGCUUCCCCUGUUAGAUCUGGCUCACCAACUCGCCGUCCGUAACGUCGUCAUCACCAUCCUCGUCACCCCCAAGAAUCUCCCCCUCUUGUCCCCUCUCCUCUCAAGACACUCCUCCAUCAACACCCUCGUCCUCCCCUUUCCGGCGACCGAUUCCAUUCCCGCCGGCGUCGAGAACGUCAAGGAUCUCCCUCCCUCCGGCUUCCGCGCAAUGAUCCCCGCUCUCGGCGGCCUCAAUGAUCAAAUCGCCGAUUGGUUUCGCCAACACCCUUCUCCCCCGGUUGCGAUCAUUUCGGACAUAUUCUUGGGGUUCACCCACGAUCUUGCCGUCGAGAUCGGCAUUCCCCGGUUCGUCUUCAGCCCUUCCGGCGCGAUGGUUAUGUCCGUCGUUUUCAGUCUGUGGCGAGAGAUGCCGAAGCGGAAGAAUCCCGCCGACGAGAACGAGGUAUUCCGGUUCCCUAAUAUCCCGAACUGCCCGGAAUACCCCUGGUGGCAGCUGUCCCCGCUUUACCGGAGCUACGUGGAGGGAGAUCCGGCAUCGGAAAUCAUAAAAAAGUCGUACUUGGACAACACCCUGAGUUACGGACUGCUGUUCAACACGUUCACCGCGCUUGAAGGGGUGUACAUCGAGCAUUUGAAGAAGUACUUGGUCAACGACAGAAUAUGGUCCGUCGGUCCCCUGUUGCCUCCCGGCGACGAAGUAUCCGGUUCGGCGGAGAGAGGCGGGCAGACAGCCGUCGCAACGAGUGAGAUACUGAGUUGGCUCGGAUCGCGGGAGGACAACUCGGUGGUGUACGUUUGUUUCGGCUCCCAAGCCGUGUUGACCGACCAGCAAAUGUUGGCCGUGGCAACCGGGCUGGAGAAGAGCGGAGUCAACUUUCUAUGGUCGGUCAAGGGGCCCACCAAGGGACACGUGGACGGAGCUUACGGGACGAUCCCGGCCGGGUUCCAAGAACGCGUGGGACCAAGGGGAAUGGUGAUUCAAGGAUGGGUCCCGCAGGUGAGGAUUCUCCGGCACCGGGCUCUAGCGGCGUUUCUGACCCACUGCGGCUGGAACUCCACCCUAGAAGCCAUCGUCUCCGGCGUACCGGUGCUGACGUGGCCGAUGGGAGCCGACCAAUUCGCGAAUGCGGACCUCCUGGUGGACGAGUUCAAGGUGGGGACGAGACUGAUUGAGGGGGCGGAGAAGGUGCCGGACUCGGACGAGUUGGCUCGGUUGCUACGCGGCGCCGUGAAGGAGGGAGGAGGAGAGGCAAGGCCACGGGUGCAGCGGCUGAGGCAGGCGGCUCUUGAUGCCAGCGUGGAAGGCGGAGAUUCUUUCCAGAAUUUGGACAACUUGGUCAAACACUUGGGUGAAUUGGAUUCGGGAAUCAAAAGGUAACCCGCAAUUGUUGGGCGUGUCUGGGAGUAUUUUGUGCUAGGUUAAAUAAUUAAAGUGUCAAUCAUAUGUCGGGUACAAUUUUGGUACAAUUUUUGUGUGAAAGUUACCUUAAACUUCUACAAAAUAAAUUAUUUCGUAAAUGAAUUUUACACUAAUAU